UGCUGAGUUUAUUUUGAAGCAUUAAAAUAAAAAGAGUAUGCUGUCUCUUUUAAAAAAGGCUAAUUGAGUGUCUUAUAUGCAAAUAGUGACUAGGGUCAUAAAUCCCUUUAUUCUUCUCAUUCUUUUCUACAAGGCUUCAAGAAGCUCAAGUAACAAUGGAAGGCAUAAACAGGUGGCUAUCUUUCUAUGUGAAUGAAAGUGUUAACCAUGAUUUUGCCAUUCGAAGGUACUGCCCUGCAAGAAUGGAGCAAGAGCAAGGAGGAGAGUGCCAAGAUCAAGAGGCAUUAGUUUUCUAUGACACUGAACUAUGUUCUUCUGAUGCAACCAGCAGCACUCCUUGUUUGGCUUCAUCAGAGGUUGAUGACUUCGUUGAUAGCUUCAUCAACAUGGAUCAGUACGGAUACGAGAAUGAAGGUCAAGGAGAGAAGCAUCAAAGUUUUGAUCUGGCAAAAGAUGAUGCUGAUGCUGAUGCAUACUCCAUGGUGAAUGGUGUCUUUGGAUAUGUUCCAACCACCAUGGAGGAUUCAGAGUUAGAGAUCUAUGAAGAUCUCACAACAACCAUUUUGGAGGAAAAAGUUCAAAUGUGUGGCCCUUUUGGUACUACUAUACCUGAGUUUGUGCCUUGUGCAGCACAGGCUAGCCUUGACGUGGACCAAGGACUAGAUUUGGUUCACGCGCUACUAGCCUGUGCUGAAGCUGUGGGGUGCAGAGACAACCAGCAGGCAGAGUUUCUGCUAAGUAGAGUUUGGGGUUUGGCAAGCCCUCAAGGAGACUCGUUGCAGCGAGUCUCCUACUACUUUGCAACAGGGUUGAAGUGUAGAUUAUCAUCAGUUCUUCCUCACAAUGUCAUUGCAAACGGUGCUGCUAUGGAUGUGCCUUUGAUCACAAGGGAGAAUAAGCUGGAAGCUUUUCAGCUUCUUUACCAAAACACACCUUACAUUGCCUUUGGCUUCAUGGCUGCAAAUGAAGCCAUAUGCCAAGCAUCACAAGGAAAGUGCUCAAUACACAUUGUUGACUUAGCAAUGGAGCAUACCCUUCAGUGGUCUUCCCUAAUAAGGGCACUAGCUUCAAGGACUGAGGGCCCUCCAACACUCCGGAUCACCGGAUUGACCAGCAAUGAAGACAGUCCAAAGCUUCAAUCUAGCAUGAAUGUGCUUGUGGAAGAAGCAACCUCAUUAGGAAUGCAUCUUGAAUUCCACAUGAUUUCUGAGCCUGCAUCUCCAUCUCUUCUUACUAUGGAGAAUCUGAACUUGAGAAAAGGUGAAGCUUUAUUUGUCAACAGCAUCUUGCAGUUGCACAAAUAUGUCAAAGAAAGUAGAGGCUACCUCAAGGAAAUUCUCCUAUCAAUAAAGAGGUUAGGUCCAACUGCACUCACAGUUGUAGAGCAAGACACAAACCAUAAUGGCCCUUUUUUCCUUGGGAGAUUCUUGGAAUCACUGCACUAUUACUCAGCAAUAUUUGAUUCUCUUGAGGCAAGCAUGCUAAGAAAUAGCCAACACAGGAUGAAAAUAGAGAGAUUGCACUUUGCAGAGGAAAUUCGUAACAUUGUAGCAUAUGAGGGUCCAGAUAGAACAGAAAGACAUGAAAGGGUGGACCAAUGGAGAAGGCAAUUAGGCCGAGCAGGGUUUCAGGUAAUGCCACUCAAGUGCACAAGUCAAGCUAGAAUGAUGCUUUCUGUUUAUGACUGUGAUGGAUAUACUUUGUCUAGUGAGAAGGGAAACCUUCUACUUGGGUGGAAAGGAAGGCCAGUGAUGAUGGCUUCUGCAUGGCAAGUUCCAAGUCUGUGACUUUCCCUAGUAAAAUACUCAGAAGAAAUGGGGAGUAGAAUGAUCAUCAACUUAUUCAUUGCCAUACUAUGUUUCUUUAACAUCUAAUUUGAUGAUGAAUUUAAUAAUAUUCUACCUAAUCUUCAGCAUAUUCCCUCAUUGAAGAUACAGAAUUUUACAAUAUGCUUUGAGUUAGCAAUUUAUGAUUGUACUUCUUAACCAAGGAAUUGAGUCCUAGAAUUAUGUGGUAAU